AUGGCUCCUGUAGUAGUUUCAGAAUCUGAAGAGGAUGAGGAUAGAGUUGCUAUUACAAGAAGAAGUAAGAGACAGGUUCAUUUUGAUGGUGAUGGAGAUGAUCGUGUAGACCAACAGCAACAGCAUUCAAACCAUAGAGAUAGGGAUAGGCAUGCGCAGCGUAAGAAGAAGAAAAGGCUCUCGAAUAGAAACCUACAAGGUUCCAAUGGUGGGUACGCUUGGGAAGAUGAGAUCAAGAGAAGUUGGGAUUUGGUGAAAGUGGACGAUGAAGGGGAUAUGGCAUCCCUUGUGGCUAGCAUUGUAGAGGCCAGAAAGAAACGUACAGCUAAAAAGAAUAUAACGCCAUAUCAAAGAGGCAUCAUCAGAAGUUUAAUAUUAACCCUAGAUUGCAGUGAAGCUAUGCUGGAAAAGGAUUUGAGACCAAACAGACAUGCAAUGAUUAUUCAGUAUGCCAUAGAUUUUGUCCAUGAAUUUUUUGAUCAAAAUCCAAUAUCUCAAAUGGGUAUUAUCAUAAUGAGAAACGGCUUGGCACAGCUAGUCAGCCAAGUUAGCGGAAACCCGCAGGAUCACAUUGAUGCGUUGAAAUCCAUCAGGAAACAGGAACCAAAGGGGAACCCCUCCUUGCAAAAUGCAUUAGAAAUGGCAAGAGGCCUCUUACUGCCUGUUCCUGCACAUUGCACAAGAGAAGUGCUGAUUGUGUUUGGUAGUCUUUCCACAACUGAUCCUGGCGAUAUUCACCAAACUAUUGAUUCGUUAGUUUCUGAGAAAAUUAGAGUGAAGGUUCUGGGGUUGUCAGCUCAAGUGGCCAUUUGUAAAGAAUUAUGUAAGGCAACAAACUAUGGUGAUGAAUCCUUCUAUAAAAUUUUACUCGAUGAAACCCACCUAAAGGAACUAUUCAACGAGGCUGUUACUCCUUUACCCGUUAACAAGAUUAAUAAGGGUUUCACACUUGUAAAGAUGGGGUUCCCGACAAGAAUAUUUGAAGAUACUCCGACGUUUUGCUCAUGCCAUUCCAAGUUAGUUUACGGCGGAUACUUCUGUCCCAAUUGUCACAGUAAGGUUUGUUCAUUGCCCACAGUCUGUCCAUGCUGUGACUUGAUGUUGAUCCUUUCAACCCACUUGGCUAGAUCAUAUCACCAUCUAAUGCCAUUGAAAACAUUUGCCGAAGUACCCACAACAGAAAAAUUUCGAUCAGAAGACUGCUUUAGUUGCCAGUCAAGAUUUCCCAUACUUAAAAAUAAUAAAAAUGGUAAACUACUAACAAGUUCUCGCUAUCGUUGUGAGGAUUGUAAACAAGAAUUUUGUGUUGAUUGCGAUUUAUUCAUCCAUGAAAUCCUUCAUAACUGUCCAGGUUGUGAAUCCAAGCCCCUAAUAACUUAA